AAAGAACGUUCCAUCGGGUUCUACAGAAAGUCGCCAUCUUAGAGGACGAGAAGUCGCAGGCGUUUUUGCAGAUUUUUUGCUUGUAAUCUUCAAACAACCGAUAAUUACUUUGAUUCGAACCUCACAACAAUAAAUAAAGAUGCGCCACUCGAAGCGAAUGCGCUCCCCAGGCAUCUGGCUUGAAGAGUAUGGCUGGGAAGAAAGAAUGAAUUGUCGCAAACGCCAAAGACGAGAUUCACACAGCAGUGAAGGAGAAAAUAGAUCCAGAAGAACUCUCCAUUUCAGCACGACGUAUGAUGGGCAUUACCUGGAGGCCCGCAGUCUAAACCAGAGGCUGGAUUCCCAGGAGAAGUACAGCCAUGAACGCAGUGUGGAUGUGGCCUGCAACGAUGACAGUUGUGAAGACCCCUACAAGGACAAAGAUCUUGACUGGCACCACUACAGCAAGUCCUCUGGGCGUAGUGGUCGCAGCAGGCGAAGCAGUCGCAGGCACAAAGAUAGGAGACACAGAUGCAGUCAUUCUCGGCAAAGGUCCUCCUCGAGGAGGAGCCAUCGCCACAGGAGCAGGAAAAGAUCCAGGAGUGUUGAGGAUGAUGACGAGGGUCACCUCAUCUAUCACAGUGGAGACAUGCUGAAAGCGAGAUAUGAGAUUGUGUGUACUCUGGGAGAGGGUGCCUUUGGGAAGGUCGUCGAGUGCAUUGAUCAGGAAAAUGAUGGGGCUCGAGUGGCCCUGAAGAUCAUUAAAAAUAUUGACCGCUACAGAGAUGCAGCUUUGUCUGAAGUAGAGGUGCUUAAACACCUGAGCAAUCUCGACGCUGACCGAAGAUAUUCUUGUGUCCGUAUGCUGGACUGGUUCGAUUAUCACGGUCACAUUUGUAUCGCUUUUGAGUUGCUUGGCCUCAGCACAUACGAUUUCCUGAAGGAGAACAAUUUCCAGCCUUUUCCUGUUAAACAAAUCAGACAUAUGGCCUACCAGAUCAUUCGAGGUGUGAAAUUUCUGCACAAGAACAAGCUGACUCACACAGACCUGAAGCCUGAAAAUAUUCUGUUAAUAGAUUCAGACUAUGAAAUGGAAUACAACCGCGAAAAGAGACGCGAUGAACGAACACUCAAGAACCCUGAUGUGAAAAUUGUAGACUUUGGUAAUGCCACCUAUGAUCAUGAGCACCACACCUCUGUAGUUUCAACUCGUCACUAUCGUGCUCCGGAGGUUAUUUUAGACCUGGGCUGGGACCAUUCCUGUGAUGUCUGGAGUAUUGGCUGUAUACUCAUUGAGUAUUAUCUUGGAACGACCCUCUUCCAGACACAUGACAGUAAAGAGCAUCUUGCUAUGAUGGAGAGAGUCCUGGGCCCCAUCCCUACAAACCUGCUGGAGAAAACAAAGAAACGGCGAUAUGUUCACCGAAACAGGUUGGACUGGGAUGUUCACAGCUCUGCUGGCAGAUAUGUCAGGAAACACUGCAAACCGCUCAAGCAUUACAUUGUAUCCAGAAGUGAAGACCACCAGCUGCUUUUUGACCUGAUAGAGAAUAUGAUGGAGUACGACCCAGCAAAGCGCCUCAGUCUGGAGCAGGCCCUUCGACAUCCCUUCUUCAACUGCUACUACAAGAACACCAGUAGCCGGAAGAGCAGCAGCAGAGGCAGCAGCACCAGAAGCUCCAGCAGAAGCAGCGGUGGCAGCAAAUGAGACUGACCCUCUGAAUAUUUAGACCUGUCUGUUACCAUGACAUGUAUGAUGGUGCAAUCAGCCUCUAUGUCCGACUCUCCGGGGGAGAUGUACUCUUGACUGUAUCAGUCACUUCCCUGCUUUGCUUAGAUCUGUCCAAUAAACUGCCUUGUAAUCUCAUUUAUUAAGUUAUCAUUACUUCUCUUGUUUUGAUGUCAAUCUCUGCAACUGAUGUUUUAUAUUGUAAUUUAAAUUGUACCAUAUACAGUCAUACUGGUGGAGCCUUUUUAAAUUAUAAGAUCUUUUUAUGUUCUUUCUGUGCAUAUUUACUUGAUAAUGGGUAAACAAAAUGGUCUUGAUUAACAGUGCUUUCUUUAGGAUUGUGGAUGUACCGAACUGAAAAAAUGUAGCUGGCAAAAAACUUGUACAUAGUUUCCCUUUUUCCAUUGACUGGUUCUGUAUUUUUUGCGUUAUACCUCAAUAAACGACCAGAGGAGAUAACCGUA